AUGAGCGAGAGUCACGACAGAGCAACGCAGGGCAGGAACGCGGAGAACGGUGACGUCACAAUGAACAACGGCAACGCUGAUGACGAGGACACCAACCCUCGUGACGUGGAGAAAGCUUCACGUUUGGAGGAGCAUCCUGUGUUUGUUGAGGACAACGAUGAUAAUGAGUACGAUGCGAACUUCUUCGUCGGUGGGGAUGUUAUCGAGGUGUCAACUGACGAUGUGGAGACCCGAUGUGGUGUGUUUGGAUGCCGGCCUGAUUUCCUCCAGCCGCUGGCCAAAGUUGGAUGUUUUGCCGGGAUGUACGGGUUUUCGGGCCUUGUGACCUCCACGCUGUCUGUGUACGUCAACUCACAGGUGACCACCCUCGAGCGGCAGUUCGGCUUCAACUCCAACCAGACAGGACUCAUCAUGGCUGCCAAUGACGUAGGCUACCUUCUGUGUGUCCUGUUUGUCAGCUACCUCGCUUCCAGACUGCACAUCCCAAAGGCUUUAGGAAUCAUGACCAUCGUGUUCGGUAUUUCCGGUCUGAUUUGCUGCCUGCCCCAUUUUAUAUUUGGAGCCACCCUGAACGAAGGCAGAGCAACAAGCGUGGCUCCUCCCAAUAUGACGUCAUCCUUUCUUGAGCCGAAGGGUCGAGCGCAGUUCUUUGGAGACCUCUGUAUUUCUGGAAACCUCACUGAGGAUCGUUGUAUGGAAAAGAAAGGAUCUGAGGAAAGCGACAAGGCGGCCGGUCGAGGGAAGGACGACGUGGCGACCAUCUCCCUGGUCAUCAUCUUUAUCGGCAUGAUGGUGCAGGGCUUCGGCAAGGCGCCCAGGAAUUCCUACACGGUCACCUACGUGGACGGGAACACAAAGAGGACCAAAACCGGAUUCUAUAUGGGGAUUAUCAUCACAGUGGGUAUUCUUGGACCAGCUUUGGCCUUUCUGAUUGGUGGAGUCUUCACUCGGAUCUACGUCACUCUCGAAGCCACCGACCUUCACCCCAAGCACCCCCAGUGGAUCGGCGCCUGGUGGCUUGGCUACAUCGUCUUCGGCCUGCUGGCCUUUGUUGUCUCCCUCCCUCUCUUCUGCUUCCCGAGGAAACUGCCCAGGAACAAGCCCAGGAUCGACCCCAUGGCCAAGCCCACGGAGAAAAGGAACAAAGAUGAGUCCAAUGAGUUGAUGAUGCUGGGCACCGGUUCGAACAAGGACCCCAAACAACACGCUGAUCACCCUAAGGGGCCACUGGAAAGUAUCAUGUGGUACUUGAAAGACUUCUUGUCGAUGUGUCUCCGGCUGUGGACGAAUCCUGUCUUCGUCUCCGUCUCCUGUGCCGCCUGUUUCCUCUUGUUCGUGGUCAGCGGAUCCUCUGCAUACAUGCCCAAGUAUCUGGAGACUAUCUUCGAUCUGCCGGCAUUCAAGGCAAACUACAUUAUGGAACCCCCCUCGAGUGUGAGGGUAAUUGCACUUGCAAAGAUGAGAGUUUUUACCCUAUUUGUGGAGACGACGGAAGGACCUAUUACUCCCCUUGCUUUGCCGGCUGCUCGGAGUAUCAAGAAGGAGUAG